UAUGUACCGAAGGCACUUGGAAUUGGAAGCAUUGAAGUGCGAAGCCAUACGGAGACGCAGUACUUGGUCCGGGGUGGAGAAAAUGAGAAUUGUAGGGCUAACAGGAGGAAUCUCGUCGGGGAAGAGUACGGUCUCCAAUCUCUUCAAGGCGCAUGGCAUCCCCGUUGUCGAUGCUGAUGUCGUUGCUCGUGAUGUGCUGAAGAAAGGCACUGGUGGAUGGAAAAAGGUUGUUGAAGCUUUUGGGGAGGACGUUCUACUUCCUAAUGGAGAAAUAGAUAGGCCAAAACUGGGCCAAAUUGUGUUCUCUGAUCCAGCAAAGCGCCAGCUUCUUAAUAGGAUUUUGGCUCCUUAUAUAUCCUCAGGUAUCUUUUGGGAGAUCUUGAAAUUGUGGAUGAAGGGAUGCAAGGUAAUCAUUCUUGAUAUUCCUCUGUUGUUUGAGGCCAAGAUGGACAAGUGGACAAAGCCCAUUAUAGUUGUAUGGGUUGACCCUGAAACGCAGCUUUGUCGACUCAUGAAAAGAGAUGGAACGAAUGAGGAGGAUGCUAGAAAUAGGAUAAAUGCUCAAAUGGCACUGGAUCUAAAAAGGUCCAAGGCUGACAUUGUGAUAGAUAAUACUGGGUCACUGGAGGACUUGAAUGAGCAAUUUCAGAAGGCAUUAUAUCAAGUCACCAGGCCCUUGACAUGUACCGAGUUCAUGCUUUCCAGACAGGGAGCCUUUUCAGCCAUUGUUUCUAUCAUUGUAAUUGUAUUUGGUGGCAGAAUAGUUUAUAAUAGGUUAUAGCUAUGGUGACAUCAUAAACUUUUAAUGCUUAUGAUUGUCGGAGUAUUUAAUUAAGACCAAUUUGUGAUUGAUACGCGUGUAUUUUUUAAGUUUUCAUGUGAGUUGAUUGAUGAUUGAUGUGGUUUA